GUAUAUUUAGGGUCUCAGGGCUAUGUUUUGCUUGGAGAAAUCUGGUCCAGGACAUUGGUGAUUCAGAACAAUUUGGAAGUUCUAUUCACUGGACAUCUGUUUGAGGAGUUUGAAUCCAAGAAAACAUGCUGACUCAAGCCUCUUUUCAGUCACUGUUACUCCUUUUACUUUAUUUGAUGACUGGACAUGGUCAAGAUGGGAGAUUCAGUGGACCUUUGAAACCCAUGACAUUUUCUAUAGCUGAAGGUGAAGAAAAAAACAAUCAAGUUAUAUUUCAGUUUAAGACUAAUACCACCAACGUAAAAUUUCAGUUAAGUGGUGAGACAGAUGGCAUUUUUCAUAUCCAUCCAGAUGGAAUACUGUAUUACAAUGGAUUCCUGGAUAGAGAAACAAGAGCUGUCCAUAGACUCCAGGUAGAAGUCUUGGAUACCAAAGGGACCGUAGUAGAGGGCCCAGUUCCCAUCACAAUUAAAGUUGAAGAUAUUAAUGACAACCGUCCUGUCUUUCUCCAGUCAUCUUACCAUGGAACUGUAAGGCAGAAUUCACGCCCAGGAAAGCCCUUCAUGUAUGUCAAUGCUACAGACCGGGAUGAUCCCACUACUCCCCAUGCCCAUCUUUUUUAUCGAAUUGCCAUCCAGCUUCCCAAGAUAAAUGAUGUGAUGUAUUUUCAGAUAAACAACCAAACAGGUGGAAUCUCUCUUACCCCAGAAGGGUCACAGGAAUUAGAUCCAUUUAAGAAUGCACAGUAUGACCUGGUGGUUUCUGUGAUGGACAUGGGAGGUCAGUCAGAAAAUUCUUUCAGUGAUACCACAUCUGUGAAUAUUGUUGUGGAAGAGAACAUUUGGAAGGCACCAGCCCCUGUCAGCAUUAAGGAAAACUCUACUGAGCCUCAUCCUUUGAAAAUCACUCAGGUGCGGUGGAAUGACCCAGGUGCUCACUAUUCCUUAGUUGAAAAGGAGAAGCUACCUCGAUUCCCAUUUACAAUUGACCAGGAUGGAAUUAUUUAUGUUACCCAACCCUUGGAUAGAGAAGAAAAGGACUCGUAUGUCUUUUAUGCAGUUGCAAAGGAUGAGAAUGGACGAUACCUAGCAAAACCAUUGGAAAUUUAUGUUGAAGUUACAGACAUUAAUGACAAUCCCCCUGUUUGCCCUGCUCCAGAAACAGUAUUUGAGGUCCAGGAGAAUGAGAUAAUAGGCAGCAAUAUUGGAGUUUUCCGUGCCUAUGAUAUGGAUCAAAAAGACACUGCUAGUAGUUUUUUACAGUAUGCAAUUGUGGAGCAGAGUCCCUUGCUUCCAAGUGAUGAUCUCUUCAUUAUUCAAAACAUUGAGGGAAUUAUCCAGUUAGCUAAAGGAUCAUUAAGAAAGCAAGACACACCUCAGUAUCAUUUGAAAGUGCAAGUGUCAGAUCCAGCUUUCAAGACAAUCUGUGAUGUGACAAUAAAUGUCAUUGAUAUCAAUGAUCAGAUCCCCAUUUUUGAAAAAAACAAUUAUGGCAAUCUGACUGUUAAUGAAAAUGUUGCUGUUGGAACAACAAUUCUUACCAUUCAGGCUACAGAUGCAGAUGAACCAUUUACUGGGAGCUCCAAAAUCCUGUAUAAUAUUGUUGAGGGGGACCCUAAUAGAAACCUUGUGAUUGACACUGAUCCCAUCACCAAUGCAGGAUAUGUCAAGAUAAAUAAGCCUUUUGAUUUUGAAACAGUGCCAAUGUACAAUCUCGUGAUCAAGGCUGAAAAUCCUGAGCCACUUGUUAAGAAUGUACAAUACAAUUCAAGUUCCUAUGCAAAUUUUAUUCUUAUGGUAUUAGAUGUGAAUGAAGCUCCUGUAUUCUCCCAGGCAUCGUACCAAGCACAAAUAUCUGAGGGUGCUCCAAUAAACACCAAAUUGAUCAUGGUGAAUGCUACUGAUCCAGAGGGAGAGGCAAUCAGUUACUCCCUGAGUGAGGACAAGCAAGGCUGGCUGAGAAUUGAUGGAGUCACUGGUGAGAUCUUUACUAUGGCACGCUUGGACAGGGAAACUGAAAAGUAUUAUCAAGUGAAAGUGAUAGCCACUGAAAAAGGUGGAUCCUAUCUGACUUCCUCAGUAUAUUUUCAAUUAUCCCUCCUGGAUGUGAAUGACAACAGUCCUCGGUUAGUGAAAGACUACACUGGCUUCUUCUUCUGCUAUCCACUUAAAACACAAGGAAGUGUCAUUUUUGAAGCCACUGAUGAUGACGAGCGACCACCCUGGGGUCCACGGUUUGAUUUUUCCCUUAGCAAUGACCGGUUGAAGAAUGAUUGGGAACUUUCCAAAAUCAAUGGUACCCACGCCAAGCUUUCUACAAAACAUAAAAAUUUUGAAGAGAAGGUGUAUGAAGUUUCAGUUAAAAUUAGUGAUGGUGGAAAACCACCUUUAGAAAACACUGUCUCUUUCCCAGUCACCGUGUGCAAGUGUAAUAAAGAUGGAUGGUGCUACCAGCCAGCAGAUUCUCUUUCUGGGAUACCCACAGUAGGCAUGGCGGUUGGCAUACUCCUAACAACUUUUCUGAUCAUUGGUGUGAUUUUAACAGUUACAUUCAUCCAUUUGAAGAAAAAAAAGAAUAAAAGCAAAGAAGUUCCUCAGUCACCUGAAAACACACCUCUAAGGACAUGAUUUUGAAGGACAGUUUUUAAGUUUAACUACCAGAUGUAUAUUUUGCUAAUAUGACCUUUU